AUGAAAAACCAUCAUUCAUACCCAACUCGCUUAAAACCAUUUCCUGAAGAAAAUGCAAAUGCAUCAUUCCCUGAAGCGAAUACAAGCAAUCAUGGUCGUGGUCGUGGUCGUGGUUGGGGUCGUGGUCAUGAUCGUGCUCGUGGUCAUGGUUGUGGUCGUGGUCGUGGUCGUGGUCGUGGUUGUAGUCAUGCUUGUAAUCAUGCUCGUGGAUGUGGUCGUGCCAUUUUCAGCACUCUGAUCCGGAGCAGCAGCAGUGAUGGGGUCGAAAUUAGUGUUCUCGUGAACUUGCUUUGUGUUAAAAUCACCACCAUUAUCAUCAAGGUCACCAUUUGUGCCUUGAUUCUUCAAAGAAAUGGCUCUCCUAUUCUCUUUUAUUUCUGCUCUCCUUCUCUCGGCAACUCUGAGUUUCUCUACUUUCUUGGCCUCCUUUGA